AGCGGAGGCACCAGCGGCCCGGGGGAGCGACACACCGGGCCACUGAGGCCACGCGAAAAGCUUCUUUCUGGGAGUGCGGAGCUGGGGCCCGGUUGGUGUACUGCUCGGAGCAAUGGAGCCAGCCUUCGGGGAGGUGAACCAGCUGGGAGGAGUAUUCGUGAACGGGAGGCCGCUGCCCAACGCCAUUCGGCUUCGCAUAGUGGAGCUGGCCCAACUGGGCAUCCGACCGUGUGACAUCAGCCGCCAGCUACGGGUCUCGCACGGCUGCGUCAGCAAGAUCCUGGCGCGCUACAAUGAGACAGGCUCGAUCUUGCCAGGGGCCAUUGGGGGCAGCAAGCCUCGGGUCACCACCCCCACUGUGGUUAAGCACAUCCGGACCUACAAGCAGAGGGACCCCGGCAUCUUCGCCUGGGAGAUACGGGACCGCCUACUGGCGGACGGCGUGUGUGACAAGUACAACGUGCCCUCGGUGAGCUCUAUCAGCCGCAUCCUGCGCAACAAGAUCGGCAACUUGGCCCAACAGGGCCAUUACGACUCAUACAAGCAGCACCAACCGGCGCCGCAGCCGGCGCUGCCCUAUAACCACAUCUACUCGUACCCCAGCCCUAUCACGGCGGCCGCGGCUAAGGUGCCCACGCCGCCCGGCGUGCCCGCCAUCCCCGGCUCAGUGGCCAUGCCGCGCACCUGGCCCUCCUCCCACUCCGUCACCGACAUCCUGGGCAUUCGCUCCAUCACCGACCAAGUGAGCGACAGCUCCCCCUACCACAGCCCCAAGGUGGAGGAGUGGAGCAGCCUGGGCCGCAGCAACUUCCCCGCCGCCGCCCCGCACGCGGUGAACGGGCUGGAGAAGGGGGCCUUGGAGCAGGAAGCCAAGUACGCUCAGGCACCAAAUGGUCUCCCAGCUGUAAGCAGUUUUGUGUCAGCAUCCAGCAUGGCUCCUUAUCCUACCCCAGCCCAAGUGUCGCCUUACAUGACCUACAGCGCUGCUCCUUCUGGUUAUGUUGCUGGACACGGAUGGCAACAUGCCAGUGGCACCCCACUUUCCCCCCACAACUGUGACAUUCCCGCGUCGUUGGCGUUCAAGGGAAUGCAGGCAGCCCGAGAAGGUAGCCACUCUGUCACGGCUUCCGCACUCUGA